GGAAGGGGAGGGUAAAUGUUUAAGGAAAGGAAAAAACAACCCUUUGACGAGAACUCUAUAAAAGCAGAGCCUUUCCAAAGAGCUGUCCUAUUUGGCAGCUGCUGCCUCACCCAUAGCUGACAUUGAAGAGGAUUCUCCUCUCCCAAACUACCUGUCGCCAUGGCCCACCGAUUCCCAGCCCUCACCCCAGAACAGAAGAAGGAGCUCGCUGAAAUCGCCCAGUGCAUUGUUGCAAACGGAAAGGGGAUCCUGGCUGCAGACGAGUCUGUGGGCACCAUGGGGAACCGCCUGAAGCGGAUCAACGUGGAGAACACGGAGGAGAACCGCCGGCAGUUCCGAGAAAUGCUCUUCACCGUGGACAGUUCUGUCAGCCAGAGCAUCGGGGGCGUGAUCCUUUUCCACGAGACCCUCUACCAGAAGGACAGCCAGGGCAAGCUGUUCAGAGACAUCCUCAAGGAAAAAGGAAUCGUGGUGGGAAUCAAGUUAGACCAAGGAGCUGCUCCUCUUGCAGGCACAAACAAAGAAACCACCAUUCAAGGGCUUGACGGUCUCUCUGAGCGCUGUGCUCAGUACAAGAAGGAAGGUGCUGACUUUGGGAAGUGGCGUGCUGUGCUGAGAAUCGCCGACCAGUGUCCAUCCAACCUUGCCAUCCAGGAAAACGCCUACACCCUGGCCCGCUACGCCAGCAUCUGCCAGCAGAAUGGCUUGGUACCCAUUGUUGAACCAGAAGUCAUUCCUGAUGGAGACCAUGACCUGGAACACUGCCAAUAUGUUACUGAGAAGGUCCUGGCUGCUGUCUACAAGGCCCUGAAUGACCAUCAUGUUUACCUGGAGGGCACCCUGCUAAAGCCCAAUAUGGUGACUGCUGGACAUGCCUGCACCAAGAAGUAUACUCCAGAGCAGGUGGCUAUGGCCACCGUCACAGCUCUCCACCGCACUGUUCCUGCCGCUGUUCCUGGCAUCUGCUUUUUGUCUGGUGGCAUGAGUGAAGAGGAUGCCACUCUCAACCUUAACGCUAUCAACCUUUGCCACCUACCAAAGCCCUGGAAACUAAGUUUCUCUUAUGGACGGGCCCUGCAGGCCAGUGCACUUGCUGCCUGGAGUGGCAAGGCCGCAAACAAGAAGGCAACCCAGGAGGCUUUUAUGAAGCGGGCUGUGGCUAACAGCCAGGCAGCCAAAGGACAGUAUGUUCACACAGGCUCUUCUGGUUCAGCCUCCACCCAGUCACUCUUCACUGCCAGCUACACCUACUAGGACCUCACGCCGGCCAGCCUUGCUCUAGCUCUCCUAGAUGUCCUAGUAGGAGGGCUGAAAAGGCGCAACCUUUUGACCGAUCCUGGAAAUUAGACAAAAUUAGAUGGGAACAACUGGAAACACAGUACCUGUUAAAUUGUUAAACACAAGUUAAAAAUACAAGUACAAAUAUCAAGGAUCUGACAAAUUUCCACAAAAUGCAUUCCUUGCAAAACUUCCAGCUCCUCACUUCCCUGAGUUUUCACUUGAAGAAAAGAAUAGGAUUUAAAAUAAAAUCUGCUCUCUGCCCAAAUCACAACCGCUGAAUGAAAUGCCUCGAAAGCAAAGUACCGAGAAGUUGAUCUUAUUAAACAAUCUUAGAAGCAGUAGAUUAUGAAGGAAACAGCUUAGAAGUAGUAGGUUCUGAAGCAGAUAGCUGCAGGCAAAAAAGAAAUAAAAUAUUCUGUAAACCUCC